AUGCCUGCACCCAAACAACGAAAGGUCGCCAUAGUGGGCAGUCGAGCCGUCGGCAAAUCCUCGCUCACUGUCCGCUUUGUCGAAGGCACCUUUGUCGACAACUACUAUCCCACCAUCGAAAACACCUUCAAUCGCACCAUCAAGCACAAAGGACAGGACUACAUGACCGAGAUCGUCGACACGGCUGGCCAGGACGAGUACAGCAUCCUCAACUCGAAGCACUUCAUCGGCAUCCAUGGCUACAUGAUCGUCUACUCGGUGGCCUCCAGACAGUCCUUUGAGAUGGUCACCGUCAUCCGCGACAAGAUCCUCAACCACCUGGGCCAGGAUUGGGUCCCUCUCGUCCUCGUCGGUAACAAAAGCGAUCUCCCCGCCGACGUGCGAACAGUCUCUGCGGAAGAAGGCAAGAAGCUGGCAGAGAGCUUCAACUGCGCCUGGGCCGAAGCCAGUGCCCGCAACGACACCAACGUCUCCUCCACGUUCGAGCUCAUGGUGGCCGAGAUCGAAAAGUCGCAGACGCCCAGCGAACCAGCGAAUAACGGCAAGUGCCUCGUCAUGUAG